AUGGCGGCUUUUCCUUUCUUAUCAGCAUCUCUUGUGCUUUUCCAGUUAGCACUAUGUUCCGCACAACAUCUCAAUCUUACCGGCCCAUUUCACCUCACCAACCACAAGUCAAACCAGAACCUCACAGCUCACAACACAUCACAACCUCUCAACCUCACCACCCACACUUCCGGUGAUGGCUGCGUCCACCUCCCCAUCAUCCACUCCACCAACAUCGACCAUUUUGCCCGGCGAGGCAUCCAACUCGCUCUCAAUAACCGGUCCGAUGUAGCUUACUACGCUCAACUCGAAAUCGGCACCCCUCCCCAAACAGUCUACACCCAACUCGACACGGGCUCCUUCGAACUCUGGGUAAACCCCGACUGUACCACUGUCUCCGCCUCCGACUCUAUCUUCUGCCAACGAAUAGGCCACUAUAACGCCUCCUCCUCCUCCACUGCCGUCUCCCUCGGCACCAACAAAACUCUGCACUACGGCAUCGGCUCAGCCAACAUCUCCUACGUCACCGACGUUGUUUCCUUAGCCGGUACCUCUUCCGCUUCUUCCCUGAAAAAAGUCCAGUUCGGCGUCGCUACCAGUUCCAAGGAUGCAUUUAGUGGGAUUCUAGGGAUUGGGUAUGGUCAGGGAUUGGCUACGAAGUAUCCUAAUUUUGUUGACCAACUUUAUGCACAAAACGUUACCAAGGUUAAAGCGUAUACGCUUGCGCUGGGAUCGAAAUCAGCAAAAGAAGGAACCAUUGUGUUUGGCGGCGUCGAUACUUCCAAAUUCUCCGGUCCGUUGGCGAAAGUACCAAUCAUAUCAGCUGCUGCGUCACCGGAUGGAGUUCCGAGGUUCUGGGUGCAGAUGGGUGGUAUCAACCUCACGCCUCCCUCGGGUGAACCGACAGCGAAGUAUGAGGGAUCGCAAAUCCCUGCGUUUUUGGACUCGGGAAGCACGAUGACGAUAUUGCCGCCUAAGCUGGCAGGCAAAAUAGCCAAAGAUUUUGGAAGUCCGGCGGCAGAUGCGAAUGGGUUUUAUCAGGUUGGGUCCGUCUUCGACCUCCAAACUCACUCAAUCUGGCUCACGCAAGCCUCCUCCUGCGGUUCCACGCCCGCCGCCCUUAGGAAUGUCACGGAUCUUUCGCGAGUAGUAGGCAAGUGCGCGGUGCAGCCGGGUCAGCAGGCGGCGGUGGUGGAUGUCGUUUCUGAAACAUCAAUCCCGAGGCCUAGCACCUCUACGGCAGCCCCCGAGAGUGGGAGUGGGGGAACUGGAACCAUAACCACGGGAUUCGUUAGCACCACGCUUGCAAUCCCAACUGGAACGGCAUCGGCAUCGCUGACGGCAGCAGGGUCGACGGAUGGGGGAGUAAGUGGUAUCGCGGCGACUGCGGUGGCAGGUGGUGCUAGUGGGAUGCGGUCGAGUGCCGGCAGUAGGGUGCUGGGUGUCGCUGUUGCCGUUGGUGUCGCGGUGUUGACGAAUUGGGGUUGA